GCACACGACACUACACGCCCGCCGACUCGCGGAUCCGCCUCACUCUCGCACGUCGCCCACCACCGCUUCACACAACGCAGAGGUCCCAUAUACCCAGCUUGGCCUCAGCCAGCGCCCACGACAACCCACCGAAACCCUGCGCAGGCCCCGCCUAACCCGCAUCUCAACCAGGGUCCAACCCCAACCCACUCCUUCCACUACUUCUCUCGACAAUAAUUGCUCUCACGUCUUCUACCACGACCCGCCACGACCCAGCACGCAACAUGUCGAACGUACCCUCCCGCACCGCAACGCCGUCCCACGGCACAGGCAGCCACACAAUCCAAGGGACGCGCCCAAACCCUGUCCUACGUCUUUCUGCACCGUCAGGCGUUCUCCACUUACGUGCUGAGCCGGAGGAGCGCAGACAUAUUCAGUGGGCGGAAGAUGUUGUAGAUAACGAGGGCAUGGGGAAGAAGAGCAGCAAAGUCUGCUGUAUAUACCAUGCCCCCCGCGAAGCCGGCGAAUCCAGCGACGAGUCCUCCUCAGAUAGCUCCAGCUCCGAUGACUCAGACAGCGAACCAGACAACAGCACCGCGCGCCCGAGCAGGAGCACUCGGCGCGCCCGAAAGCCAGAACAACACGCGCACGAUCAAGACAACUGUGAACACGAUCACGGGCCGGGCGAGGGGAGCAGUAAGCCGAAGAAGAUGCCGAAGAGAGCGCCGAGUCCGAAUGCGUACGAGAAGAUCCCGAAGCCCAGAAAGUAGACCCGGGUGAUCGGUUGGAUGGUUACUGUCUACUCACGCGACGAGGCGCAACAGUACUCGGCCUCUGAAUGCGACGAAGUCACGCCAGCGAGGAGUCCCGGGACGGCGUUUUUCUAACUGCGUAUUUGGUUUCGCAUAGCGAAUGGCAGAUGCAAGGGAACAUGUACUUGGUGCUAGAUCUUAGACUCAUCAAGAC